AUGCCUGGUCCUAGCCUGCAUGGGGAGUUUCUGAGACACGCAGUCCUUGAUACUGUCGUCCCUCACGCCUCCGAUGUCGAUAUUGAGGCGGCGCUGACAUCCUCGCUAGAAGGAGGAGCAGGAGAUCUGACUUCUGUUCUGUCCUCGAUACCACAGCGGUCAUUGCUUUUCUUCGUGCGCAUCGUCUUGAGGCUGUCGAACUGCUCCGAAGAUGCGUUGAAGGCUCACCUUCCCCGGCUCGACGUUAGGCUUGAUGCCUUUGUAAUCAAUCCUUCUGACCCAGGCACGGAAGGAUCGACACCAACAAAGGACUUGAUUUUCUCAGGGACUGUAAAUGAAAAGGAGGAUCCGCUAGUUGUCGUGAACGUUUUCGAAGGAGAUGAGGGGAGCGGAAAUCACGUUUACGUUACAUGGAAGAUCCAGGCUUUCCUCAAUCGGCCUCGUGUUCGUAUUCAACAUCCAUGUGUGAUCUUCUCUGCUUCUGCGACGUUAAAUCCGCCCGAAAGAGCAGAGCAAGCAUCUCAGUCCGAUGAGUACCUUCCGAGCCUUAUUCCCGCGUCGUCCAAUGUUCUAGAGGCUCUAUCAGCAGAUCCGCUGCUGAGGUCUGCGAAUCCGUUUCUCCCGGCAUCUAGGCUGCUGCGCGUUGUUCCCGCUACUCAGACAGAAGACCCCAUAUACAAUAUAUGGCAACAGGCACAGCAUCCAAUCCGUAUCGUCCCAGCUGCAAAUGCAAGAAUCCGUUGCUCGCGACUAAAUACAUUUUCAAGCUGGCCGACAACUAUUGCCAGCCUCGAUUUCGAAGUGACACCCUUUCUGAAUUGUGAUGUUGUAUUUGACAAAGCAGAGCUUGCGCUAUCUGAUGGGCAUGUUGAGAAUCUAUCAAACGUUCCGGAACUUAAACCCCCGAUCACCUGUCGCCCUCGAGAUGAUGUUACCUUGGUCUAUAAGCUGAUUCCUGAAUACGGGCCUGAAUCGAAUCCUUCGACCACUGCGAUGGUUAGCACGCUAGACAUAUCCCUCGAAGCGGUGAUACAGGUGUCCGACGAUUGUAAGCCUCGCAUUUCAAUGCAGUGGCGAACAAAUGUUGAUUUCUCCAUGCCUCUGAAUCCGACAUUUGGUGGCCCCAGUCAAGUCUUGCAGCGGAAUAACCGCCCCUCCAGUCUGUCAAUGACUUCCGGCCAGGGUGGGACCUCUUCCGGCGUUCCUCCGUUGAAGCGGAGUUCUUUUCGGGAGAGAGCGCAUUCCAUCACUCAAUCUGGGGUGACCAUCUCUUUUUCUGGUCCCGUGGAUGUCGAAGUCAGCAAGCCAUUUCGUUGGGACGUCUUUAUCGUCAAUCGUUCCAUGACCCCCCGGAAGUUCGCAAUGAUCGCAAUUCCCCGGAGGAAGCGGGUAGAUCCACGCAAGCAUGUGGCUCGGCCUUCCUCGUCAUCUACCUCCAGCCGAAAGGAGGAACAACUAGCGGAGGCAGUCACUGAUGAGAGUAUCAUCCAUGCGAUGCAAAAGAAUGCGGCUGGGCAAGAUGCGGACUUGAUCUCCCUGAGCACCGAUAUCAGAGUUGGUCCUCUACUCCCCGGCACCUGUCAUUCCACGGAGUUGGUUCUCCUUCCCUUGACCACCGGUUCACUUCACCUCGAAGCCGUUAGGCUUGUGGAUUUGAACACCAAUGAAACGACCGAUAUCAGAGAUCUCCCAGACAUCGUGGUCUCUGAAAGGAGGCUUUCGUGA